GCCGGAUCUCUUCCGCUCCCUUCCGCUUCCGGUGUCCUACAGUCAUGGCCGCCGCCGUCGCUGCAGCAGGUGCUGGGGAGCCUCUGUCCCCGGACGAAUUGCUCCCGAAAGCCGAGGCGGAGAAGACCGAAGAGGAGCUGGAAGAGGACGAUGACGACGAGCUAGAUGAGACUCUGUCGGAGAGGCUGUGGGGUCUGACGGAGAUGUUUCCGGAGAGGGUCCGGUCUGCCGCCGGAGCCACCUUUGAUCUCUCGCUCUUCGUGGCUCAGAAGAUGUAUAGAUUUUCCAGGGCAGCUUUGUGGAUUGGGACCACUUCCUUUAUGAUCCUGGUACUUCCAGUUGUCUUUGAGACGGAAAAGUUGCAAAUGGAGCAACAACAGCAAAUGCAGCAGCGGCAGAUACUCUUGGGGCCUAACACAGGCCUGUCAGGAGGAAUGCCAGGGGCUCUACCUCCACUUCCUGGAAAGAUCUAGAUUGUUUCUCUGGUAUUUGUCCUGUUGGGAGAACUUUGAAAUUAAGUUGUUUGAACUGCUGAUUGUUUGGAUUUUUAUUCUUUUUAUUUUAAACUUUGGCACAUCCAUCUAUUUAAAUCUGGUGGGAACUAUUUCCGUUUCUCAUGGAGAGACUCCAUUUGCACCUAUGCCCUUCAUAAUGUUCUCACUUACUUCCUGUUCUCAAUCUGAUGCUAGAGUACAGCCAUGUGGAAGGCUAUUCCACACUAUCCCUUUAGCAAAUUGUUCCUAUCAAAGUUCUCACAUGCCCCUUGUGAGGAAGAAGUAAGCAUCCCUGGCCAUUAAAGACUUUUUUUUUUAAAGAAUGAAAAUGUCUGGGACAUGUAAACAAUAUGGAACUGACAAAAUCCAUUACAGCUGCGAUUGCAGGAAUCCCAGUAUGUUGGAGAGAAGGGAGGCUGGCUGUACCUUUAGCCAGAUGGGGACUGUGGACAGAGCAAGCACUCAUUUCCUCUGCUCAUCUGGCUGUUAGACCUGUGUGUUGUGUAAAGAAGUCAGUGCUCACUUUUUGUAUUUAAAUAUUAAAAGAACUCCAACUUAAA